UAUGCUGAAAAAAUUGAGAUAUCUUAAUUUGUCGACAGCAGGAUUCGCAGGCAGCCUUCCAUGGCAGCUGGGGAAUCUGUCAAGCUUAAGAGUAUUGGAUCUCACUUCUUCUUCUUCCUCUGCCUUGUCAAGCAAUGAUAUCUCGUGGCUUUCAAAUCUGACGGCUUUGCAAGAUCUGUCUUUGGACUACAUUGAUCUGUCAGCAACAAGGAAAGACUCGUGGGCAUUAUCAGUAAGUCAUCUUUCUCAUCUAAAAAAUCUCACAAUGUCAGAUUGUGGGCUCACAGGUACGGUUCCUGCUUCUCUGCAGAAUCUUACAUCCUUAGAAAUUCUGCAUCUGGACUUCAACUUUUUCUAUUCUGAGUUUCCCCGUUGGGUAGCAAAUAUGACUAACUUAGUUUCUCUGCAAAUGACAAAUUCAUAUCUCAAUGGUUCUCUUCCAUUUGAGCUCUCAAAUCUACCUCACAUCAGAAGGAUCUAUUUAGGAUCUAAUAGAAUAGCUGCCAACAUUUCUCAGAUUUUUGAAGGCCAGUGGAAAAGCCUUACGCUUUUCCAGAUGCCAAGCAAUGACUUGCAGGGCUCCAUUCCAUCCUCCAUCGGGAACAUCUCUUCGCUGGUUCAUCUAGAUCUCAAAGAUAACUCUUUGAAGGGAGAGAUUCCUCACUCACUGGGGCUAAUUCCCUCGCUCAGAAAACUGGAUCUCAGCUACAAUAGCUUAACAGGGCCAAUUCCAGUUUCUUUAGGGCAAUUGUCUAAAUUGACCUUAAUCUCUCUCACCUACAACGACCUCAGUGGGGAAAUCACAGAGUCUCACUUCAGCGGCAUGAGGAGCCUCAAAUAUCUUGACCUAUCUAAUAAUAAUCUAGACCUCAAUGUAAUGACCUCAAACUGGACUCCUCCAUUCCAGUUACAGGUUAUGAAAUUGUCCCUCUGCAAGUUAGACGGUUCGUUUCCUCCCUUUUUGCAAGAUCAGCGUAGUCUGAAGAUACUGGAUCUCUCUAACAACACCCUCAGGGGGAUCCCUUCUUGGCUGUGGAACCUGCCAUUGCUGGAGGAGAUAGUUUUGUUGCAUAAUGAAUUGGAUGGCCCAAUACCUCCGGAGCUUUAUAACGUGUCUUCGCUGAAACAUGUUGAUCUACGGGAUAAUCGGCUGCAGGGGAGGCUACCAAUUCCUCCAUCUUCUGCUGCAGGCUUUCCUCCGGCACUGGAUCUCUCCAUCAAUAACAUAACCGGUACAAUCCCCACACAAAUCUGUGGUAUGUUGCGUUUUUCACGCUUCUUAUCAUUGGCAUCCAAUAAACUUGAAGGCCAAGUUCCUCCUUCCAUCUGCGAGACAGGGCAGUAUUUGGAAGUACUGGAUCUUUCCGGCAAUAAACUUUCCGGCAAUUUGCCGUCCGCCAUUGGCAAUUGCUCUACCUUAAAAGUAUUGAACGUGGGAAAUAAUGGACUGCAAGGUGAGAUACCAGCGGAGCUAGGAAAAUUGACGGGGCUCCAGGUGCUGCACAUGAAUGAUAAUAGGCUGGGCGGUCAUAUUCCCUUGUCUCUGCAGAACUGCAGCAACAUAGAAAUUCUGGAUUUGAGUAGCAAUAAUAUAUCUGGGUCCGUUCCUCAGUGGAUAGGAAGCCUAUCAAAGCUCCGGAUACUAGUUCUGAGAUCAAAUGAUUUGCAGGGCGAGAUACCAAUCCAGGUAUGCUACUUGCAGAAUCUACAAAUUCUUGACUUGGCAAUGAACAAGCUGCAGGGUACCAUACCCGCUCAUCUUUCAAACUUGACUGCAAUGAAGAGUGAGAACCGCAGCUCUUCCAUAUCCACCGUGCUCAGAUAUGGAGAGUACUACAAAGAAGAGGUUUAUCUCAUGGUGAAGGGUGCGGAAAGAGCGUAUAAGUACAUUCUUUCCACUGUGACAUCCAUAGAUCUAUCGGAAAACAGUUUGAGUGGUGAGAUACUGAGGGAUAUAGGAGACCUGCAAAGUUUACAGAAUCUGAAUCUGUCUCAUAAUCAAUUCAGCGGAACUAUUCCAGAGGAAAUUGGGAAAUCGAUGAACUUGGAAGCGUUGGAUGUGUCAUGUAACCGGCUGAGCGGAAAAAUUCCUGUGACGCUUGCACAACUCGGGUUCAUGGGUUAUUUGAAUCUCUCCAAUAACAACUUGUCAGGAAGGAUUCCCGAUUCGCCCCAUUUAGACACCUUUGGGGAAUCUUCAUUCCUGGGAAAUCCAGAGCUGUGCGGCAAGCCACUGCAUACAAACUGUUCUGCUUCACCUCCACGCUCUUCAGGAGAAAAGGAUGUGCAGAGCAGUGUAGAUCCAUGGUGGAAAUCGUGGCAGGUGGGAAUGGGACUGGGAUGUGGAUUAGGUUUUGGAGGAUUAAUCGGAAUACUCAGUGUGUGCAGGAAAUGGAGAAGAAAAUAUUUUGAGUUUCUCGAUGCAGUGGUCAAAUUGUUGUUUAGAGAUGCGAGUGCUGCUAUGUGAGAAGCUGGUGUUUACAUUUUUAAACUUUUCAAGAUUAUCUUAAUUUUAUUGUCACAGUAGUUAAGCGUGGACAGCAUUGCUUUACAAUCACUAUAGAUUUUAAUAUUAUAGAGAUAAUAUAGAGAUAAUUAUAAAAGAUUAUAAAUGUAAUAAAAUAUUUUUUUUGAUGCAAAAGCUAUGUGUAUUAAACUAUUGGAUAUUGUAACAGAUGAAAGGUAGCAAACAAGAUAAAUAUCAAAUGAGAUUUAAAAAAGAGAUUUAAAAAAUCCAUCAUGGAUGGAGUGCUUUUUCAAGGAUAUGAUGAU